UGUCAAAUUCAAAUAAGACCAUCACAUCCACCGUACACAAACUGUUCUCUUCGAAGCAAUACAUAUUCUACGAAUCACAUCAUACGAAUACCGCAAAAAGUUGACAUCAUAGUGGGCAAAGCAGCGUCCAUUGUCGAAACGAUUCAAGGAGAUCACUUAUUUUAUGCCAUUUUAAACACAUUUUCGGAAAAAAAAAAAAAUCGCGUUUGACACUGCAGUUACUAAGAAAAAUCUCGAACAAAUUGAAAAUGGCCGACGAAGGGGAGCCUAUAAGUAAGCGACUACGAAGAAGCGAGUCAAAUUAUACAACAGUCGAACAAAGCGUGGAAUCUCAAAGCAAAUCAAGUGAUUUAAUGCAUUCUAAUCCAACAUCAGAUGAUGAAGAAGAUGAGCAAGCGAUCGACGUCGAUUCGCUGUUGGUAUUGAACGAUUACUGUUUGUUGAAAAUAUUCGAACUGUCGAGCAUCGAAUCCCUUUGUCGUUUGGCCAAUGUCUGCAAACACUUCAAACUGCUCGCACAAGACGUUUUUUCUCGGCGUUACUCUGAAAUAUUCAUCGGUUCCCGGUUCUAUCGGUUACUCUUUCGUCGUGUUCUGAUCAAAUUUGGACAUUUCAUAAAGAAGCUCAUACUAGAAGAAGGAGUUCAUCUCAUACCAAACGAUGUAAAUGCAAUUGCAAUGUACUGUCCCAAAUUGGAACAUUUUGUCGCCUUUCGAAAAACCAUCAGUUGUAACGUGCUCAAAUCGGUGUUUGAGCGAUUGAAACAUUUGGAAUUUGUUGAAUGCCAAUUCAUCGGCGAUACAAAGACAAUGUUUGCUGCUUGCGCCCAGCUUGAAAAGAUGCACAUUGACACAAACACGGAAGCCGAUAUGCCGAAAUGCAAUAUUUUGAACCUCAAGAAACUUCGAUUCGUUGCUGACACAAAUGGGAAAAUGGCUGUAUUGUGGCAGUUGCUACAACAGAAUCCACAGAUCAAAGAAUUGUGUGUUCCGUCGCUAGUAGAUAAUGAAAUCAUCGCGAAUAUUGUUCAACAUGCCAAGAAUGUUGAAGUAUUGGACUUUUGGACCAACGGGCGAAAAACUGUGUUACCAAGAAAACAAUCUUGUCAAGGUAUGCUGAAAUUAGCCGAACUGAAAUCAUUGAAGAAGCUGCGGUUGUUUGUUGCAAGCGGUCGCAUCGCUUCAGCACUUGCCGAAGAAUUGACAGCAAAGAAACAAGACAUACGCAAUUUACUAAUCUGGGCCCACAAUUUUGGAAGAAAACAUUUGCCGAGCAUCUUAAAGCUGAAGACAUUGCAAGAACUGGACUUGAUGUUCAAUGGAGAGCUGACCGAUACUGAUCUUGCUUCGAUUUCAAGAGAGCUUCCAUCCUUAGAAAUCUUAUCGCUUCGCUUUUUUCCAGACGCAAGAUAUAAUAUUCCGCUGGAUGGUUUGGUGAAUAUGAUCCAGUUUGGUGAAAAGUUGUGUAAUGUCUGGUUGAUUGGCGUACGUAACAUGAAAAUCGACCAAGAAACAUUCAAAUCGUUGGUGGAGGCGGUUGAAAAAAGGAUUCGGGGCAGUUUAAUGAUUUCACUUCAAGGUUGCAAAACAACUAUGGUCCUUGAUGUACCACAAAAAAUACAACAGGCCAAUCAAUCAACAUUACAAAUUAAAUAUGAAGGCCGCUACUGCUCGGAUAAAGAUGGAUGUGAAAUGUGCAAAGAAGAAAAGAAGGCAAAGCGGUGAAUGAACGGGUUUCGGUCAUCAAGGAUAAACUGAAUCAAAAAGAAUCUCUGAUAAGCAUCUGAAUGGCAAUGACUCAAUUUAACUGAUUUAUCAAAAUCCAUUCCAAUGAAUAGAAGAAACAAACUAAUAUGAAAUAGUAUAGCUAGUACGAUCCAAAAAAAAUUCUGAAUCAAUAUAGUUGUGAUUUGUUACUUCUGUAGUGUCUUUUUGUAAAAAAAAGCGUCCUUUUUUUAUUAAUAAAAUUCGAAAGAUUUCAUUGAUUUCUGAUGAAAAAAAAGAUACAUUAACCAAUAUCGAACCAUUACAGUGUUGAUACUAUAGACUAAGUAAAUAAAAUACAAUACAAGAUUAUUGUUCAACAAA